CUCCAGUACACUUGAAGUAGAAGCAUGUUCGAGAUUCAAAUUGUAAUCGGCUUCGGUGUUUUUUGUGCGGACAAUGCGACCACUCAGCCUUUCGAGGUUGACCCACACGAAAUAAAAGUCCACGAUUAAAUCAAAAAAAAUCGAUUUCAAGGCUGAAAAUGCAGCGAGACAUGAAUAGAGAUCCACUCUCAACAACUAAAAUCCACAAAACAAUUCUGAAUCCAUUAGAAGAGCCAGAUAUCCACCAUAUAGUUAGAGGAGCUGAAACAUAAGUUAUGACGAAUGACCGCGCCGAAUUUAAGAAAUUGAAAUCAAGAAUUUAACAUGAAAGAAACUAACGAGGUGGAGGUCGGACUGGUUCGUUUUUUUCUCACGGAGUGUCGACCCAAGUGGUCCAACGAAGCUUCAAUCUGUUGUAAUCACCUGCAGGAAACUCAUUCAUCUCAUACUCAUUCUCACGCACCUGAUUACUAUGAUUUAAUCCUGGAAGAUUUUGUACUAUUCGCAGACGAUCUAUCGUUGUGUACUAAAGAAUAAAGAAGGAGCUCCAUAACCUGUUUCGCAUUUUUACUGUUAAUUCCAACUCCAAUAGGAUUAGGAAUCGAAGAAAUAUUUGCACGUUGAUGUUGAGCUUUGACUAGGUUGUAAUUGUAUUCGAUUUUCACAGAAAAGAUACUGAUUAGAACAGCACGACUUUGUAGUUUCCACCAGGAAUAAAGAUCUACGUAUUGUCAAAUCAAGUUCUGGUUCUCUCGGUAGUUGUUACUAGACAGGACCGUCUAGUAAAUAUCCAUCUCUGUUGUUGAUCACGCACAGAAUCUCUACCACAAAAUGGCAACAAAGCGACUCUCGAAGGAGCUGCGAGACAUCAGCAAUGACCCACCGAGCGGGUGCGUAGCAGAACCAGUGGGGGAUGACCUCUUCCAGUGGCGAGCGUUCAUCAACGGCCCGGGAGAGAGUCCGUACGAGGGCGGUCUCUUCGAGCUCUCUCUCCAGUUUCCAAACGACUAUCCCUUCAAGCCGCCAAAAGUCCACUUUGUCACAAAAAUCUACCACUGCAACAUCAACAACAACGGUACUAUACAAGCAUACGAGAAAGCUUUUUUUGAAGUUUGAGUUUCUGUCAGAGAAAAUAAGUGAAGGCGUGUCCUCUUUGAACAGGUUUAGCAGCUUGGCUUUGAUGUUGAUAAGAUGUGAUGCAAUACAAAAAAAAACAGGUUCUAUCUGCCUUGACAUUCUCAAGGAUCAGUGGAGUCCAGCGCUGAAUGUUGGGAAAAUCCUGCUCUCUAUCAGUUCGCUUCUGCAUGCGUGCAAUCCUUCGGACCCAUUAGUCCCAGAAAUCGCCGACCUCUAUCAGAAGAACAAAAGCGAGCACGAUCGCAUUGCUCGAGAAUGGGUGCAGAAGCAUGCCGUGGCGAAGAGGUAAAAAUGGCUUUACUUAGACACAUUUUACUUUUAUGAGAAGCCGUAAGCGUGACAUUGAUACUCACAGUUUGUCGCUGUUUCUGGGUGGUGCGAUAUAAAUCCUUUUUGUAAAAACUCUACAUACAGGUAAACGCGCCACGACACAGCGCCUUUGGAACUGGAUUCGUCUCGUUCAUCAUGACACUACAUUCAAGAGCAAUCGAGCCGCCUGGUCGCCUCCGGACCACAGCUUCGGAUUUCUAGCAAUGCCGAGGGCAGUCUCUCUGGGAGUCCACCGGACCGACUUCUGCUUCCUACGUCGCUUUUCCUUCUUCACAAAAUGAAAAUAACAGCUUGUGGCUUUCUUCUGGCUUCAGCAGAAAAAGAAAACUUGACUGGCCGUUACUUCGGACAACGAGCUAAGAACAACUUCUGGGACAUUGGAACAACUUUUAGCUGCACUACCACGGCAGUCCUGUAGUACACAUCGGGCACGCAUCAAAAAUUGUCAGAUUCUCUCUACACUUGCAGAUCGUGCGUCCCGGCGCACUUCUGCAAGUCUACAUCAACAAAGCAGUACUCAAGUACAGCACCAGUGAUCCUGAUACUCUGCGGAGCCGCAGGCAACAAUUUCAGUGGAUGUCAAUCUGGAAGGGGGAGGAAGAUGAUCGUUGGUCGGAUCGCAAUGAAUAAGUAGAAGUGAACUUUAUUCAACAUAACUGCUUUCGGGAUUCGCUCGACGUUCGAGCUCAGUCCUUUGGCACCAGGCAACAAACUAUCCAUUCUUGAACCUCACACUGCAUCGGGGAAGGUUGUAUCAAAAAGAACC